GUAUAAAAAAUAUUUUUCUAAGUAUCCUACGUUUGUUAUAAUUUUAAGUAUAUGAAAUAGUUUUGUCGUCGGUAUUAAUUCAACCAAUCAGGACGAAUCUUUAUACACAUGUGAUAAUUGAAGCCCGCCAUUUAAAAACCAGCCUUGUUGUUACAUUUUUUGCCGGCUUCAUAUUGCUUAUAUCGUACGGUUGCGUUUCACUUAACCUUACUUUUUGAGUGAUGUAUGUUUAGCUUAACGAGAAAACAUUUUAUAUAAUCGUGACAUCUAAAUAGUGAAAUAUGAUAUAAAAAUAAUAUAUAUUUUUAGGUGAAUAUAAAUGUAAAGAUAUCCGCCAUAUUGUAUUCAUCGUUUGUUAUAUUUUAAUCACAAGUGAUUAUCAUUGAUAAACAAGUACCUUCAUUAAUUUAAGCAUACAAGUUGCAUUAUGGCAGCAGGUCCGAUAGCAGAGCGUAAUCAAGACGCCACAAUCUAUGUGGGAGGACUAGACGACAAAGUUACAGAAUCUUUGAUGUGGGAAUUAUUUGUCCAAUCUGGUCCAGUGGUAAAUGUACAUAUGCCAAAGGAUAGAGUAACACAAAUGCAUCAAGGUUAUGGAUUCGUCGAAUUUAUGGGAGAAGAAGAUGCGGAUUAUGCUAUUAAAAUUAUGAAUAUGAUAAAAUUGUAUGGUAAACCAAUCAGAGUCAAUAAAGCAAGUGCUCAUCAGAAGAAUCUGGACGUUGGAGCGAAUAUCUUUAUCGGUAAUCUAGAUCCUGAGGUAGAUGAGAAGUUAUUAUACGAUACGUUCAGUGCAUUUGGUGUUAUCCUUCAGACUCCAAAAAUAAUGAGAGAUCCAGAGACUGGAAAUUCAAAGGGAUUUGCAUUCAUUAAUUUUGCUUCUUUUGAUGCAUCCGAUGCUAGUAUAGAAGCAAUGAACGGGCAGUAUCUUUGCAACAGACCAAUAUCCGUGUCAUAUGCAUUUAAGCGUGACGCGAAAGGCGAGAGGCAUGGAAGUGCAGCAGAGAGACUUUUGGCAGCGCAAAAUCCUUUGAGUCAAGCGGACAGACCGCAUCAAUUAUUCGCCGACGCUCCACCUUUGGCACCACCACCGAUGCCAAAUUCGACCGCGGUGGCUCAUCAAGCGGCUCAUCAUCCUCAACAUCACGUAAUGCAUCACGGAAUGGUGGUACCUCCACCACCACCACCGGCUACACCGGGUCCACCUAUGGGACAUCCUCCACCACCACCUGUACCACCACCACCUUCCAGUGGAUUUCCACCUGCGAGCAUACCACCUCCGCCGUUACCUCCGAUGUCAAUGGCUACUCAUCCACCUUUACCACCUGGAAUGCCACCACCUUUGCCACCUAUGCCCGUACCGACUUCUCAAGCUCAGCAAGCACAAACGAGAAUGAUGGCACCACCGCCACCUCACUGGGCCGGUGGAGCACCACCGCAAGGCCAAUUCCCACCUCCUCCACCUCCGGCAUCAAGCGGCGGACCACCGCCACAAUUUGGACAAUUCCAACCUUCACCGCCUCGACCUCCACCAGGCUGGAGACAUCCACCGCCACCUCCCGUGUCUCAAGGUGGCCCUCCACCACCGCCACCGCCGCAAUUUAGGCCACCGUUCCCUCCGCGAGGGCCACCACCGCCGCCGCCACCUCACGAUGCCACCCAGUAUUAAUCUUAUAUAUUUCUAAUUCAACCUGCAGCACGUAUCUCAUGGAAAAAAUGUACUACGUACAUACUACAAUCGGUCCUUAAAACAUUUUUAUAUUUGAGAACCGACUCGAAGAGAAUUAUUUUACAUGGGAAUAAUAGAAUAAAUCUUGAAAAAUAUGGAAGAAUUACGUUCAUAAUGCAAGAGCUCGUGUGUGGCCAAUAAUUCUGAUAAAGUACAGAUAGAUAAGGGUCUUUUAACGUUGACUCUGCUGUAAUAUCGACCGGUUUUACUAUACUAGAAUAAGGAUAUACCGUACUCGUUCUAUCGAUCGUUUCGAGUCUGUCCAAGCAAGUCGAUGAAAACAUUCAGCGGAUCAUCGGCUCACUGUACGUUGGUUACUACACGAGUUGCGCCGUGAAACUUAAAAAUAUCGUUCGUCGAAAGGUCGACAGAAGCGUUUAAAGUUUCGUUUCACCGAUUUCGUUGUCCUCGUGAUCGAUGAAAUUGUGAUUGAAUGCAAACAAGAGUAAAAAAGAAAUUUUGCAAUUAAUCGUUUGAACAGAAAGAUUGAUUCGACAGAUUUAGAGAUGAGUGUCACUUGUAUUAUCAAUUUCAUUAGAAAUAUGGAAGACAAUAAGAUAACAGGCAAGAUCGUUUUAAUUGUA